AUGGCUGGUAUCAACCAGAUGGUUGGUGGGAUUGCGGCUGGUAUCACCAACGGGAGUGACUUUAGCCGUUAUGCCAAAGGGCCAAAGCACUAUGUCGGGCGGCACGAUGCUCUCGGCCUGGAUUGUUGGUGUGCUGGUCUCGUUUGUCGGGCUCGUCACCACGUCUGCUGCACAGAAGAUCUAUGGGGAAAUCUACUGAAGAUCCGCCUGAGCCAUCUGUACCGGACGGCGGACACUUCGUACUGGUUCUGGCACGGCGUCAACUGGCGCGCCCUGGUUGCGUGGCCGUGUGGCUGGAUCCCCACCAUAGGAGGCCUGGUCCUCACGACCUUGGGCAAAGAUGAUGGCCCGCGGGGCUUGUACCAGCUGUACUACAUGGCGUUUCUCAUGGGGUUCUCUAUCAGCUCCAUUCUCUUUUACACCCUCAACAAGCUCUUCCCCGUCCCCGGCAUGGGCGAGUACGACGACAUCGACUUCUACGGCACCCUUAGUCCCGACGAGGCCGCCAAGCUGGGCGUCAUUCCUUGUGACCGGACGGCGGUCAUCUAUGGCGACCACAGUAACGACCUCAGCGCGACACAGGUUGCCGAGGCUUUUGAUGACAAGAAGGGCGGGACGUGUCGGGAUGAUAAAGCUAGACGCGAGAAAGUUGGCGUGCCCGUCUCUAAUGACAAU